CAAAAUAAACUUUUCAGAAAAUCCCAAAAUGUAGAAUUUCAACGCCAAAACCUUCCACGUUGCUCUGCUUCAAAAUCAAUCAUCCACCCAAGAUAAUUUCCACCUCAUGUCAGAUAAUCAAUUAAAAAACAUACAUCCAAAAAAAAAAAAAAAAGAAGAAAGAAAAAACAGAGCUCUUCUUUCUCACAACCAUGUGAACCCACCACAGCUCAACUCCACCUGCAUUAUAUAAAUCCCAUUCACGAGCCAGCCUCUGUGCAUCUUCAACAUUCAACUUAGACUCAAAAAUCCCAGAUGGGUAUGAGAUGUCAUUUCUGGGUUUCUUUUAUUUUUCAAGUUAUGGCUGUGUUUCUGUUGGAGGAAGCAGAAGCACAGCAACACUACUACAAUGUGAGCAGAUUAUUGAGAGGGAAAAAGCAAGUGAGUGUUUGCAAUUUGUUUGAAGGGAAAUGGGUGGUUGAUGCUUCUUAUCCUCUUUAUGAUUCUUCACAUUGUCCCUUCAUUGAUGCUGAGUUUGAUUGCCAAAAAUAUGGCAGACCUGAUACUCACUAUCUCAAGUACUCUUGGCGACCUGAUUCCUGCAACUUACCCAGGUUUAAUGGUGUGGAUUUCUUGAGGAGGUGGAGAGGAAAGAAGAUAAUGUUUGUGGGUGACUCACUGAGUCUGAACAUGUGGGAAUCGUUGUCCUGCAUGAUUCAUGCGUCGGUGCCACAUGCCAAGACCACCUCUUUGAAGCAAGAUUCACUUCAUUCUGUGACCUUUGAGGACUAUGGAGUAACUCUGUCCAUGUACAGAACACCAUACUUGGUUGACAUAGUUCGAGAAAGAGUUGGAAGAGUACUAAAGCUCAACUCCAUUGAAGCUGGUAAAGCAUGGAAAGGGAUGGAUUUGCUCAUCUUCAACUCCUGGCAUUGGUGGACUCACACUGGAAAAUCUCAACCAUGGGACUAUGUGAGUGAUGGAUCAAAAAUGUACAAGGACAUGAAUCGUUUAGAGGCAUUUUAUAGAGGGAUGUCAACAUGGGCAAAAUGGGUUUAUCUUAAUGUUGAUGCUUCCAAAACCAAAGUCUUCUUCCAAGGGAUUUCUCCAACCCAUUAUGAGGGCAGGGAUUGGAAGCAGCCAAAGAAGAAUUGCUAUGGAGAAGCAGAGCCACUGUCAGGUUCUAGUUAUCCAGGUGGUGCUCCUCCAGCUGCUGCAGUGUUGAACAAGGUGUUAAGUUCAAUUAAGAAGCCUGUUUAUCUACUAGACAUAACAACACUCUCACAAUUAAGAAAAGAUGCCCAUCCUUCCACUUAUAGUGGUGAAGGCUCUGGAACAGACUGCAGCCACUGGUGCCUUCCUGGAUUGCCUGAUACUUGGAAUCAACUCCUGUAUGCAGCUCUCAUCAUGUGAAGUGAAGGUCAAGACUCAAAGAUCGGUUCAGUUUUUUUUAUCUUUUUCUAUAACAUUUGUAUAUUUAUGGAGGUGUAGAAAUUUCAGAUUAGGAUGACAAUAAGGAGCACAGACAUCAAUUGCAAAGUAAUUGAUUUUCCUCAUCCUAAUAAUUGCUCUAAAGUGAUGAACAGAUAGGUGGAAUUGGGAAUCAGAUGGCUUCUUGUGGGGAUUAAACUUAAUCUUCAGUUCUAUUCAAUUAUCAUUGGAGUUGUACUGAUGACUUUCACAUUCCUGUUCAAUGGAAUGUCACUACUCUUUUAAUACUUAAAAAGCCUUUUCCACUG